AUGGACGGCACCACCGACUUCGUCUUCCGCCUCGUCGGCGACCCCAUCCCCGUCCUACCCCCCGCCUCCGCCCCGCUCCCCCUCUUCGACCUCCAGUCCCCUCCCGCGCGCCCGCUCGCCGUCUCCGACCGCCACGCCGCGGUCUUCCUCGCUCACCCCAACGGGUUUAUCGCCGCGAGGACGAAGGCGUUGAUCGAGGCCAGCAAGGAGGCCAGGGAGAAGGGCAAGGCGAGCACCCGCUGCGCGCAGGACUGCUGCGUCACCGACGUGCCCCUCCCCGGCGUCACUCUCCUAGCGCUCUCCCGCGAUCAGUCCGUGCUAGCUGCCUGCACGGGCACUGAGAUCCAGUUAUUCUCGGCUACUUCCUUGCUCACCGAUAAGGAUAUCAAGCCGUCAUCAUCAUGUAGCAUGGGACGAUCUGGCACUGUCAAAGAUUUCAAAUGGCUAGAUAAUGCCUAUAUUAUACUCUCGAAUGGUGGAUUGCUAUCUCAUGGGAGUUUGGGGCAAGGCCUGAAGGAUAUAAUGGAAAAUGUUGAUGCUGUUUGCCAUCUUUCUGAAAUAUAUGUAGUUGACUGUUCCAAGGACGGGAACCAUAUUGCUGUGGCAAGAAAGAAUUCACUCAGGAUAUUAUCACCAGAUUUGAAGGAAACAUGUUGCAUGGCCCUCUUGUUUCAGUUGUGGCCUGAUAGUGAUUCAGAGGGCACUGACAUCAAAGUGGAUUCCAUCGGGUGGGUUCGCGAUGAUAGCAUUGUUGUCGGUUGUGUUCGAUUGAAUGAAGAAAGCAAUGAAGAGGGUUAUCUGGUCCAAGUUAUAAGAAGUGGAGGAGAUACAUUUUUUGAGAGCUCAAGCAAGCCAGUUGUUUUUAGCUAUGAUGUUUUCGGAGGUAUCAUGGAUGAUAUUUUACCAUCUGGAGUUGGACCAAAUCUGCUAUUGGGCUAUCUGCAUCGCUGGGAUCUCCUGGUUGUUACAAAUAAAAAGAGCACCGAUGACCACAUUUCUCUUUUGAAAUGGCCGUCGAGAACUGAUGAGGAAAGAACUGUGGUAUACCUCGAAAUGGUGGAGGAUAAAUAUAGUCCUAGGAUUGAUCUGCAAGAAAAUGGUGAUGACAAUGUUAUAUUGGGGUUUGGUGUGGAGAAUGUUUCGUUAUUUCAGAAGAUCACAGUACUGGUUGGACCUGAACAGAAGGAGGUUGCCCCUCAACAUCUUCUACUUUAUUUGACUAGUGAAGGGAAACUAAUUAUUUACUAUCUUGCCAGGAUUUCUGACCCGUCCGAUUUACCUCAAACAAGUCUGUCUACCAUUGAGGAUAGUAAUGUGAAUAAACAAAUUUCUCCUGCAACUGCGUCUAAUAAGGAUCUGACUCCAAGUGUUACAAGCUCAAUGGCCAAGAGUCUGCUCGCAGGACCUGGGGCAUCUAGCGCACCAGCAGAGAAAGAUCAGCAUGGAUCAGGAGAUGCAAAGAGCAGUUUCCCAAUUUCAAAUAGCAAGGACAUAGCUGCUGGCAGUUCAUUGCUUAUCUCUUCUGAUAAGAAGCCAUUGGAUACCAAGCAAGUGAACACGGCUUCCCCAUUUGCACCUCCUUCUAGCUCAGCACCAACAGGCAACAUGAAACCUGGAAUGCCGUUCAGCUUUUCAACAGGUAAUAAUGUUGGUCUAAAUUCAACAGGAAGCAAGGGAUCUAGUGAACCAGUAUCUUCAUGGCAACCGAACACCAGCGGCAGUUUUGUAAGCAGCCAACUUGGUAAAGGUGGCUUCGAUUCAGCCAAACCACUGGGAGCAUUUGGGGGGUCUCAGAACGCUACAAAAAGUGGUGGUAGCCUUAGUUUUAAAUCAUCAGUGUUCAGCUCAGAUGGAUCUGUUCCAGUUAAGACUGCAGAAAGGGAUGGGGCUAGUAGUUUCGGAAGCUACCCAGCGCAAACCAGCUACACUACUGAGAGGAAAGUUCUUGGUUCCUCAGCUGGCUUAAGUUCUGUGCCAUCAUUGUCGAUUUCUCCAAAUAAACCAGUUGGAGCUUCAUCUGCUGGGUUUGGGGCAGGAAAUCUUGAAGUACCUCCUGUCUCCCGUGGAUCACCUCUGCCACAACAAACCAUUGGCAAAUCACCCAACAACAGGAACCAUACGUCAGCGGAUUCAAAAAAUUUCAAGUUGGGCACAAUGUUUGAUACCCAACAAGAUCUAUCUAAGAAGAUUUACAGUAUAAAUGAUAUGACCGAGGAGUUAGAUACCCUCCUGUCAUACAUAGAAAAAGAUGGUGGUUUCAGAGAUGCUUGCAUGACCUUGCAGCAGCGUCCUCUUUCAGUUCUUGAGGGUGAUCUGCAAAACCUCUUGGAACUAUUGCAGGUCUUCAAGAACAAAGUAGAGGAACAAUGUUCAAAAGCUGAAGAUCUUCGAAAUAAGAUGUUCCAAGUUUCUGCUAGGCAAGCUUAUAUGAAGGGAAUUCUCACUCAGUCUUCAGAUACUCAGUACUGGGAUAUAUGGAACCGCCAGAAUUUGAGUCCAGAAUUUGAGGCAAAGAGGCAAAAUAUUCUCAAAGCUAAUCAGGAUUUGACAAAUCAGCUGGUAGAGCUGGAGAGGCACUUCAAUAAUCUGGAGAUGAACAAAUUUGGUGAAACUGGAAGAGUUGCUUCAAGUCGUAGAGCUGUUUAUUCCAACAAGUCACGGUCUAGUCAGACACAGUUAUCCAGCGUGUACAAUGCACUGAAUUCGCAAUUAGCAGCAGCAGAGCAACUAUCUGAAUGCCUUUCAAAGCAGAUAUCUGCACUAAAUAUAAGUUCUCCUUCUAAGAAGCGAGGGGCAGUGACCAAAGAGUUGUUUGAAUCAAUUGGUCUAGCCCAUACGGCAGAUGCAGCCAAAUUUUCAGGCGGUACCCCUUCCAAGUUAAUUCAAAGGUUUCCAUCCACGAAAGAGCACACAAAGGGCAUGCUGGGACCUUCCAAGAGUGCUGAACCUGAGACUGCACGAAGGAGGAGAGAGUCACUGGAUAGGAGUUUGGCUAGUUUGGAGCCUCAGAAAACUACUGUAAAGAGAAUAGCGCAGCAACAACGCCUCAAGAUUAGCAGUGAUCUCCCAUUCAGGUCAAACAAGAAAAUGUUUGAUUCUCAAAUGGCAGCUAUCUCCCAGGAAACUUUUGGUGGUAGCCCCAGUUCAUCAAUAGUCGAAUCAUAUACUAGCAGGGUUCGUUCUCCAAUUGAAGUGCUGGAUGAGAAAACAAAACCGUCAGGACCCCAGGGCAACUCUUUGUUCAAAUGGGUAAAGGAACCAGCUGGGUCAUCUCAGGGUUCAGAGCAAAAGCAUCUUGACUUAUCAGGGCGAAUGAGAAGUGCUGAUCAGUCUUCAAAGUUGACACCAUCUUCACCGGCAUCAUUCAGUUACACACAGAAGGAUGCAAGGGAUAGGACCAGCACACCUAAUGUUGCAUCUUUAGGCACAAUGCAUACCGUGCCUAAGUCAAAUACUCUGACCUUCAAAACCAAUAUAGCUCCUAAAACUAACACCAAUACACGGCCAGAUAUGUCACCUUCAGUGUCGAGCCCGAUGCCUGUCAAAACUUUGUCUGGGGAUUCUGGAGCUGGAUUUACCUUGACUACAAAGAACAGAUAUGGUGACCAGGACGUACCAUCUUUUGGAAGCAUGAAAGGGUUUGGCAUUUCUCCACAGAAUACAGGUGUUAAUAAACCAUCUUUGUCUUCUGAACCUUCUAAGCCUGUUGUGUUGCAUGGGAAGACUUUCCAAGUUAGUGGAGUCAGUGAUACUAUGCAGAACUCAGCCAAAGCUUCACCCCAGGUGGCAUUUUCACCAACAUCACAGUCAUCUUCAUUUCCUAUAAUGUCAGGUGCUUCCUCUUCAGCUGCAUCGCUCUUAUCAACCAUGCAAGCAUCAGCUGCAAAGACUUCUGAUGUUUCAUCUCCAACGGUUUCUUCCACACUCCCACCACAGGAGUCAGCACCAAAAACUCACCCAACAGUACCUGAGGGUACCGUGUCUUGUUCCCUGCCAUCUAUACCAACACCUGUUAAGGAGUCAUUACCUGGCUUGAAUAAAAAUGCAUCUACUAAACCUGAAGUGGUGGCACCAGAGGUAACUGGAACCACAGUCUCUGUAAGUGCUACUUUAACAGGCGUACCUACAAGUGAAAGCAAAACUGCAUUGCUUCCGGUGACCAAUAGCAGCUUACCUUCUAAUCCUCCAUCCAUUCCUGUGCCUAAAGUUGUGCCAGGGGCAACAGAAUCUGCUGUUGUCACUUCCACAAGAAAAGAUGGAGGACCAAGCAAUCUCUCAUCAGAUGAAGAUGAAAUGGAUGAGGAGCGUCCUUCUGCAAGUGCAGAUCUAAACUUGGGAGCCCUUAGUGGGUUUGGUCUUGGGUCCGCACCUUCUUCAAGUCCUAAAAAAUCCAAUCCUUUUGGGAGCGCAUUUGGUACGUCUGAGAGUAAAAGUUCAAGCUCACCGUUUACUUUGACCACCAGCCCAGGACAGCUUUUCCGUCCAGCAUCACUGAGCAUUCCUUCAUCUCAGCCAGCACAGCCAUCUCAAUCAACUAGCUCAAGUACAUUUUCUAGUGCAUUCUCAAGUGGGCUUGGUGGAUUUGGACAGUCUGCACAGAUUGGAUCAGGGCAGCAGUCGGGAUUUGGGCAGUCUGCACAAAUUGGAGCUGGUCAGCAGGCAGGUUUUGGGCAGCCAGCACAAAUUCAGUCAGGAUUUGGCCAGCCGGCACAAGUUGGAGCUGCGCAACAGUCAGGAUUUGGGCAGCCUGCACAAAUUGGGGGUGGGCAGCAGUCAGGAUUCGGGCAGCCUGCACAGCUUGGUGCUCAGCAGGCGCUUGGAUCUGUUCUGGGUUCUUUUGGACAAUCACGCCAGCUAGGAGGCUUUGGUGGAUUUGCUAGUUCCUCUUCUGGGGCUUUUGCUUCUGCACCUUCCAGUAAUUCUGGAUUUGCUGGUGCUGCAGCAGGUGGAGGUUUCUCUGCAGCUGCUACUUCUGUUGGUGGAGGGUUUGCUGCUGCUGCUACCGGUGGAGGGUUUGCUUCUCUUGCCUCCAAAAGCGGUGGUGGUUUUGCUGCCGCAGCUUCAUCUUCUGGUGGUUUUGGAGGUGCAGCCCAGGGUGGUGGUUUUGGAGGUGCGGCCCAGGGUGGUGGUUUUGGAGGUGCGGCCCAGGGUGGUGGUUUUGGAGGUGCGGCCCAGGGUGGUGGUUUUGGAGGUGCAGCCCAGGGAGGUGGCUUCGGAGGUGGUUUUGGAGCUUUUGGCAGUAAUAACCAAGGGUCUACUGGUUUCUCAUCAUUUGGUGGGAGUGGCGCUGCAGGGCCUGGAAGACCCCCGGCGGAUUUUUUGACGCAGAUGAGAAAAUAG